CGUUGUUGUUGACCCAAAAGAAUCUCUUUAUCCCCACACUUUGGUAUCGGUUCAAUUCUAAAUUUCUAAGCUUUUUCAUUCAUCAGAAUCACGUUUUUACUCUUUUUGUGUAUCCUCUCUCUCAGAGAUUAUUGAUGUGAAAAAAAAUGGCUUCAGAUCCAAAAGUUCACUCGUUCGAAGAGGUGGCAAAGCACAAUCAGACCAAAGAUUGCUGGCUUAUCAUUUCUGGAAAGGUGUAUGACGUCACCCCUUUUAUGGAGGAUCAUCCCGGAGGUGAUGAGGUUUUGUUAUCUGCAACAGGGAAAGAUGCAACGAAUGAUUUUGAAGAUGUGGGACACAGUGAUUCUGCUAGAGAUAUGAUGGAAAAAUACCAUAUUGGUGAGAUUGAUGCAUCAACUGUUCCGCUAAAACGGUCCUACAUUCCACCUCAGCAAUCUCAGUACAAUCCUGACAAGACUCCGGAAUUUGUGAUCAAGAUUUUGCAGUUCCUGGUUCCUCUCCUGAUAUUGGGCUUAGCCUUUGCUGUUCGACACUACACCAAGAAAGAGUAGUCCCUUAAUCACAUUGGACCCUGCGGAAGGGUCUGUUAACUAUUUAUACAGGGUCAUUUAAAGCACUGUGUUUUGUUUCUUUAUGGUGUCUGAGUAGUGAAACUGGAUGAUAGACUAGAGUUCAGUAAGCCAAUGUUUUCCAACUUUCUUUGGCAUUGGUACUGGUGUCAUUAUGGUUGAAGAACCUAAUGUUGGAAAGUUUCCUUUGUUUUAUUCAGCAUUGUUGCUUCAUUAAUAUUUUCUUUCGUCGUC